CUGGCCGCGGGCGGGUUGCGUCGCGAUGUUGCUCUCGCCGCCGCCGCCCUCGUCCCUGCCCGGCGUGCGGGCGGCAGGCGGCUCCCCCGGCCCUGGAGCGCGAGCGGCCGGGCCGGAGCUCCAGGGGGAGGCUGCUCUCCGAGAGUCGCCUGACGAAGAAGGGGAGCGAGGCCGCGCCGGAACUAUGUCCGAGUGCGCCCCACUCCGGGGGGCUGAAGCCGGCCGCGAGCCGGCCAGGGCGUCGUCCGAGGCGGAGGCCGCUGCGUCAGCUGCCCAGAAGGAAGGAGAAUCAGAAGCAGCCGCCGCCGAGGGCGCCUAUCCCCGAUGGGGAGCCCAGCACGCGGGAGCCCGCGAGCUGGCCGAGCUGUAUUCCCCCGGGAAAAGGCUACAGGAAUGGAUUAGUGUCGUCUUGUGUUUCUCCUUGAUGUCUUUCAACUUCUACAAACUUCUCUUUUGCCUGAGACUGGAGCACGCCUUCUCAAUUACUGUUGGUAUAUUUGCAGGAGUCAUUACUGCUGACUUCCUAUCUGGUCUAGUGCACUGGGGAGCAGAUACCUGGGGAUCUGUAGAUCUGGCAGUAGUUGGAAAGGCAUUUAUCAGACCUUUCAGAGAACAUCACAUUGAUCCAACAGCAAUUACCAGGCAUGACUUCAUAGAAACCAAUGGCGAUAACUGCAUGUUGACGGUAGUUCCUCUGGCAAACAUGGCCUACAAAUUGGUUUCUUUAUCACCAGAAGUGUUACACCAGACAUGCCCUUGGGAGUGCUAUGUUUUUGCCCUGUCUAUAUUUGCAACCUUGACCAACCAGAUUCACAAGUGGUCUCAUACCUACUUUGGUCUUCCUCGCUGGGUAAUUUUUCUGCAGGACUGGCAUAUUAUCCUGCCACGGAAACACCACCGGAUCCACCAUGUGUCUCCACAUGAGACAUAUUUCUGUAUUACUACAGGCUGGCUGAACUAUCCACUGGAAAAAAUCAGAUUUUGGAGAUUCCUGGAGAAUAUCAUUGAAGGACUGACAGGAGAAAAACCUAGAGCAGAUGACAUGAAAUGGGCCCAGAAAAUUAAAUAACUUGCCAGGCUUCUGCUGUUGUGAAAACCUGUUGCCAAUUUUUUUAAAAAAAGAAAAAAGCCAUCAGCCAAAUUAAAAGACUUGCAGAGAAAUAAUGGACUAAAGCACAAAGCUUUUUAAAAAGUGCUAACAGACUGCAGUUAAAAGACUCACUCCUCAAAACAAUACUUGAAAAUGCAAAUGGAUAAUUCUUGUUUGUUACUGAGCACCUUCUGUUAGCCACAUUUGCUGGUAUUGAACAUUGUCAUCCUUGACACUCCAAAGCCAUUAGUUGGAGAAGGCAGCACACCUUCCUAGUAACAUUUGUCAUUGGCACGGUAAUGUGUUGUAUCAACAUGAAUUCCCACUCUGGAAAUGGUUUAAGACAAUAUGGAAUGACAGCAAGCUAGCUCCCGGUUUUUAAAGAACAAGUUCAAAGUUGCUGUAUGAGAAUCAGAGGGAAAGGUAUUGUUAUCGCUUUAAUGCACUUAGUGUUUGGUGCAUCCUUCCAGUUGCUUCAUCUUGCUAUCAUGUCAAGACUUUGUCUAUGUAAUGUGCAACAGAAUAUUUGGGAGUGUCAUCCUAGUUGAUUAAGGUUACUUAGAGCUGACUGUCUCCUAAAAUAAAGAAGUGAUCCAUUCCUUGAUAUUUGAGCAGGCCAUUUUAUCAGCCUAUAACUAAUUUGGUAGCAGUUUAGGGGUGGUGGGGACAGAAUGUUCUGCCCAAAUGUCAGACUUAGAUUACUUUCAUUGGAUCAUGUAGUGUUCAGUGAUUGGAUCUAUUCAGUAUGAUUCCUGUUCCAACAUACAUAGUUUAAAAUAGCUAUAGAAAAUUGGUCAUUGUCAAAUUUGAAUGUUAGAAGGAAUAUGUUAAUGGUGUGUGUGUUUAAGGUGCUUGCUCAUUCAUGUAAAUAUCAUAAAGCCUUAACUUCUUUGGUGUAAUAUGGAAUAAUAUUUUAAUGUGGUCUGAAUGUAUAUAAUUUAUAACAAAGCAGUUCAAUUAUACUAAUUGCAUUUGUUAA